AUGACAAAAAUACAAAUAUUUUUUUUCAUUUUUUUCAUCUUUUUGAAAGUAAUAAAAUGUAAAAAGAGUAACAAACAAAUGUACUCCAGUUUUGUGAGUGUAUAUAAUAAUGAUAGUAUAUUUUCACCUCUGAAUCGAAAACAUAUAAUAAAUGUGUCGAGAAAUGACGAAGAAAAACGAUACUUAAAAUACAGUAAUAAUAAUAACAUAAACAAAGACAAAGAUUUUGGAAAUUUGAAUUGGCAAAAUGUAGGAUGGAAAAAAAAUCAUAAUAGAAAAAAAAAAAUAUGUAUGCAAAAUGAAAAAUAUAAUGAUGAUAAAAACUUUACUAAUAAUUUUAAUGAUAAUAGUAGUAACAACAUAUUAAGCGAAAUAAAUAAAAAUAUCAAUAACGAAUAUAAACCAGACGUUGUAAAUUGUAAUAAUAUAGAUAUUACGAGUGAAGAUAAAGAAGUAAUUGCAAGUAAAUUCGAAAAUAAAAAAAAUGAGUUUAUACAAAAAGUCAAAUUCCCAAUAAUAGGAACACAACUAAAACCAUCAGGAGGUUUUGCAAAAGAAAUUUUAAAUAUAAUUAGAGAAAGCAACGAUUAUAUUAAUAUUGUUAAUGAAGAAAUUAUUCAAGAAAAACUUGAUAAAAAAGUCAAAGGUAAUGAUUUAUCAUUUUUUGACACAGAAAACACAUUAGAACAACAUGAAAUCAAAUAUUUACAAAAAGUAUAUGAUAAUAAUCAUGUUUUAAAUAUAUAUAAUUUUCUUUUAGUAUGGAAAGAAAAAAAAAAUGUCGACCUUUCUGUUUUUGUUUCAAAAAUUACAGAAAAUUCAAAUCUUCUUCCUGGUGAAAGAACUGUUAUUAAAUUUACAGAAAUUGAAAAAGUCCAAUUUUUAAAAAAAAUUAGAAAAAAUAAAAAUGUAUGUAUUGCUAUGAUUUUUGUUGACAAUAAAAACACAAGUAAUAAUAAUGAAACAUCUGUUAAUCAUAAUAUGUUCCCCAUUGGAAUUUUAUCACAUCCUUUAGACAUUUCUUUGUUAGAUAGAUGUGGGGAAAUAUCUGUUUUAAAUCUAUAUAGAUUUAAAAUUAACAAUUAUAAUGUUACAGAUACUGAUUUUAUUGUAAAUGCAGAACUUUUUGUCGAUAAUAAUAAAAGGCUUAAAAAUUAUGACUUAACACAUGAAAAUAAAAAAGUUAUUAUGAAUUUAUAUGAUAAAUUAUUAGAACUUAAAAUUAAAUAUAAUGAAAAAAUUGGAAAAAGUCAAGAAAAUGAAAAACUUAAACAUUUAGAAAAAAUAACUGAACGGAUUGAUGAAUAUGUCAAUGUUCUAAAUAUAAAUAAAUCAAUUCACUUUAAAAAUAAUACAAACCUAGAUUUCUAUACUUCUCUAUAUUUAGAAUAUUUAUCUUUUAUGGCAUUGGACAUAAAUGCAAAUAUACAAACAAAACUUCAAAUGAUGUAUACAGAUAAUACUGAGUUGCGCUUACACACUGUCAAGACAUAUUUAAUGCAACUAUAUGAUGAUUUAAAGGAAAAAUUAAAAGGGUUAUAG